AUGCGCAACGGCUCUCCGGACGCGGGGCCCCCAUCGUGGCCAUGGCCGCCCGAUAGCGGGGGCCUCCCCAAAGAAAGCGGAGGAAGCCCCGGGUCUGCCGCCUCGCAGGUCCACGUCGCCGGAGGCCGCGGCAUGGCCCUGCUGUGGCCGCCCGGUUCGUCCUGGACCCCGGGGCAGGAGGCCCUGCUCACGGCGCUCAUGGUGGUGCUGAUGCUCGCCACGGUGGUGGGCAACGCGUUCGUCAUCCUCGCCUUCGCCGUGGACCGGGGACUGCGCACCCACGCCAACUUCUUCUUCCUCAACCUGGCCAUCGCCGACUUGCUCGUGGGAGGCUUCUGCAUCCCCCUGUACGUGCCCUACGUUCUCACGGGCGAGUGGCGCCUUGGCCGAGGCCUCUGCAAGCUGUGGCUCGUCAUGGACUACCUCCUGUGCACCGCGUCCGUCUUCAACAUCGUGCUCAUCAGCUUCGACAGAUUUCUCUCCGUCACCAGAGCGGUGAGUUACAGGGCCCAGCAGUGCAUGCCCAGGCGCGCCGUGCUCAAGAUGCUGGCGGUGUGGCUGGCCGCCUUCCUGCUGUACGGCCCGGCCAUCAUCGCGUGGGAGCACGUGGCUGGCCGCAGCGUCGUGCCGCAAGGCGAGUGCUACGCGGAGUUCUACUACAACUGGUACUUCCUCAUCGUCGCCUCCACCUUCGAGUUCUUCACGCCGCUCCUGAGCGUCGCCUACUUCAACCUCAUGAUCUACUCGAACAUCAGGAGGAGGAGGAGGACACGCCGAGACCCGACCGUUGCGACGAGGCAGCAGCACCCUCCACCGCCGCCGCCGCCGCCGCCACCUCGGCCCGGUGUCCCGGCCGCGAUCGGCCGGACGAGGGCUUCCCCCGCGGUGCCGGAGUCCACACCAGCGCGGUGUUUUUCGUCCAAGAAAGUCCCGCGGAUCAGAGAGUCCAGAGGGCGGCGGCGGCGGAUUCCUCCCCGCGCAAGCGGCACGCGAGGCGCGGUGGCAGCGCGGGUCCACGUCGCGCCACGUGGACGCCCGAGGUGCCCUCGCUCGCGGGAGAACGGCCGUCGAAGGGCGCCGCUCCUCGUAAGGAGUGUAGAGGUGGACGUGUCCCUGAGUUUGGCACAAACCAGGAGAACGAUUUGCGCACGCCGAGGAGAGGCGACCUCGUCAGCGGCAGCUUCGGUAGCGUCAUCAGCAGCAGGGAGAGUAGCACGCCUGGGCACACCUCGUGCCAACGUGGUCGGCCUGUGCGUCAAUCGGGAACCUCUGUCGGGGCUUCAGGGGCUCGAGGAGAAGGACCGAGGUCUCGUCCCGGGAGGGGAUUUCCCCGGCUUGUGCGCGGAGCAGAGAAGGUACGGCGCGACCCGCCCGCGUCUCCCGCAUUCCGCCGAUGCCAGCGUGCGCCUGUCGCGUGACAAGCGCGUGGCCAAGUCCCUGGCCAUCAUCGUGUGCGUGUUUGCCAUGUGCUGGGCGCCCUACACGCUGCUCAUGAUCAUCCGCGCCGCGUGCCGCAGCCGGUGCGUGGACGACCGCCUCUACGAGUUCUCCUUCUGGCUCCUGUGGCUCAACUCGGCCGUGAACCCUGUCCUGUACCCUCUGUGCCACGUGCGCUUCAAGCGCGCCUUCCUGCGAAUUCUGUGCCAGCGCAAGUUCAAGGUGGAGCCGCAGGUGGUGGCUCGCAUGCGGUGCCGAGUGGGAUGAGCCGGCUGGCGUUUGUUUGUUGUCUGCGGGGGGGGGGGGGGGCGAACGCGUCACGCCCGUUCCCAUUUACGAAUCCUCGCGGUGCGGGGUUUUUGUUUCCUUACCGCGCGUUUUCCGACAGGACCUGUGUGCUUUAAGUGCGAGCUAAAGUCUUGCACACGCUGCACGUGCCCGAUGAUUGAUAAACACGUCCCCCACGUGCGUCUCACGGGGGUGGCGCGUUGGUGAGCGCGCUGCGCUACGAACCCGGCGACGACAGUUGGAAUCCCCCUCACGGCCAACAUCAGUGACGAUUCGGGCCUCUCCUAGGUUGACUCAGCCUCAAAUAAGUACCUGUUGCAGUGUGUAAACAUCGCUACUGGAGAUACAAAGACGGUCGGGCACUCUUGAGAUGGAUUUCUAUCAUUGAAAGACCGCGAGAGAUGAGCACGCUGCUCGGGGAGGCCUCCAUUCAGCAGCGGACAGAGCGCGGCCGAUGAAACGUUAAAGUCACGACCUGUUUAACACGUAGGCUUUCGCGACCAAUAUUAUUCAUAAUCAACGUUUUUGGGUUUAGAUCGCGUUAUUUAUAAAUGUGUCGUAACCCUCCACCACCCGACACGGCCAAUCAGUAAAAAAGUGUCACGUUGACAAAAGACAAAUAGUUCACUGCUUUAGCCCACCGGUGUGUUGAAGCGCGAAACCACAACAUUUACAAUUUGAGUACGACGUUUCGCUGGUAAUUGCAUCCAGCAUCAUCGGGCAAUUCGCCAGAAUGGUGAGGCUCUGCUGUGUCUCCCGUUCUUAUAUAGAGCGACCUGGUUGUGGGUUUUUUGUUGUUGUAUGAACAAAAUCUUUAAACGUCAGAUGUUUUGUCAGACGGCCCAGGAUAGAUGACCCGGGCGUGUAGUUUGCGUGUAACGAUGCGUCGACUCAGCCAUCACAAAUGCGAUCAUAACAGUCAUAACAUACUUAUUUAUUCACGAUGUACUUACAAAAAAAUCCGCAGACUACCUGCUGGAUAUCCUUACUGUUUCGAAGAACACAUGUGAUCGAAGGUCUUCGCUCAUUUACCAGCUUCUCGUUCCUUAUUGCCGUACAAAUACUGGAGGAAGGGCCUUUGCUAUUGAUGACUCCAGGGUCUGGAAUGCUAUCGUCAAUAAACUGCAACUUGGAUCACUACCUGUGAGAUCUUCACUCAAAACUGCUCUAGAGGAGUUGUACACCCCUCGCUGUCACUGCUAUUCAGUGGCCUGAAAUCAAAUGUAUCGCUCCGGAUGACCGCUGCAAAGUAUGAUCUUGAGUUUUUAUUUAGUGUGCUGAUCUUUAAAGGUGCAUUGACAUUUUUUGAUACUCCUACUGAUACUCCUGCUGUUAUGGAUUGACUCAUGCUGCCAGCUAUGGCUGUAAAGUUUGGUCGUACGUGUGAUGGAUAUCGUUUAUUGUUAAAUUUGAAUCACAGUUCCUAUGACCACUGUUACAUUGUUUUUAUAGCUCUAUUUUGGUGAUCUGGAAAAGUUUUGGUUUAAAAAUAUUUGUUUGUUGUAGUACAGAGUUAGACUGAUAACUUUAAUCUAAAUUGUCUUAUGGUUGUUAUUGUUUGACUUGCAUCCCACUGGGAUUUUUGCACACAGCGUUGAUAUACGGUGCUUUUUUUCUGGAAGAUUUUACAGUUUUUUCCUGGAAUUUUCUGUUCCGCAUAGUCACUUUAAGAUGUUUCUUGUUCAUGUUCUUGUUUGUUGCGGUUACACCCGAUUCAAGAGCCGAAUGGCUCACAGGGCUAUACCUAAUACAUGAACAGAACUGAACAUAUGCAUAAUCGAAUCCUGUCCUGUGAGAAUCAGUACGUAUUUUAAAAUGUUGUAGUCAUAUGCGGCCACUGGAGGCGCUACAUUUCACACAAUUUAAAAAUAAAAUGGACCAAUUGACCAAUGGAAUCCCAAAUUGUAAACUUCACAAAGGAGUGGGAAUAGUGGCAUGCCUCGUUUUAAAAAAUAAAUAAAACCAAUCACAACGUGCAGCCUUCUGUCAAUCCACCACACGAUAAAGGGCCUCUCCGCGUCGAUCUUGGGGGUUGUUUGACCAUAUUUCACCACGCUGCGGAUGGUUGCUUGUGAAGCAGAUGGUGGACUAGGACCGCUUUAGAUAUCGAUCACCACCGAAUGUUCUGACCGUGGCUGGGAAUCAUUAACAGCAAGGUCACUGGGUACACGGCGGAGCAGUGCGUUAACGGUGGCGCCACCGUUCCAGGCCAGCGUUGUGUAUACUAGAUAAGAGACGCUUUACAUCCCCCUGGAAGUACACGGAUGCCCA